AUGGCUCCCACCCACAUCUUCGCUAAUCCUCUCGCAGGCUGGGGCCACGUCCGCCCGUGCUUGAACCUCUGUGUUCUCCUAGCCAAGUUCAGUCCCGACGUUCACUGCACCGUCCUCGUGAACAGCGUCUUCCACGGACUGGCGUCGCUGGAACUGGCUAGGAGCUUGGAAGACGAAAGCCUUGCGUCCCGCGUGCGGCUAGUGUCCGGCGGAGACGUCAGCAACUUUCUCGGCGCCGCACCAGGACAUGAAGCCGAUUUUGAAAACAUGUGGCGUGCGAUCGAUGCAGGGAAGGAGGUGACCUGCGCAUCUACCGGCAAAACGUUCCCCGCGUUGCCCAAACCCUCCGUCGUGAUCAUUGACUCGAUUGCCAUCGACGCACACAAGACCAUUCGGGAGGUCAGCGGGGACUCAGUCAAGAUCUACACCAAUCUCGUAGGGAUGCUUGCUGCCACCUUGCAGACGUUCAGCCCCAAAUAUAUCGGUGGGCGUGGAAGCAUAGACAGUGAGAUCAAGGAGGAAGUCGCGCGCACAGGCAAAUCUUACGACGAGGUUGGCAUGGAGUUCUGUCUCAAGUCCACUGGCCGAGUCGUCAAGGUCCCCGGCCUCCCUCCAAUGUACGACUACGAAGCCAAUCCCCAACAGUUCACCUUCCCAGGGUACGAAGCGGCGCUCCUGAAGAUGUAUACACACGUCUUCGACCUGAUCGAGUCCACGGCCGGCGCGUUCCUCAUCACCGCGGAGUCGUACGAGCCCGAGGCCGUCGCUGCCGUGCGCGACUGGUUCGGGAAGACUGGACGGCCCGUGUACGCGAUGGGCCCGCUCCUCCCGCCGUCGUCGGUCGAGUUCGUGCUCGAGAAGGAGAAGGCGGCAUCGCUGAACGGCCCAUCGAUCUUCAAGUUCCUCGACGACACGCUUGCGACGUCUGGCCCGAACUCGGUGCUUUACAUGUCUCUCGGAUCCGCCUUCUGGCCAGUCAGCUCCCCCGAGAAGCUCUGGGCGGUCUUGGACGUGAUCAUGGAGCUGAACAUCCCAUUCAUCUUCAGCCACGCCUCCCCGAUGGCCCAGAUCCCCGACGAGAUGCGCGCCAAGGUGGACGCCUACGGCAAGGGAGUCCUCUCGCCCUGGUCCCCGCAGCAGUCCAUCCUCCACCACCCCGCCACGGGCUGGUACAUCAGCCACGGCGGGCACAACAGCGUGACGGAGGCGAUCGUCGCGGGCGUGCCGAUGAUCAUGUGGCCGUUUACGGGCGACCAGGCGCAGAACGCGUGCACGAUCACCGACAACUGGGCGGUCGGCUACGAGCUGCUCGAGGUGCGCACCGGGGACGGCCUCAAGCCCAUCUGCCGCACCGGGUACACGCCUGUCGGGACGGUCGAGGCGGUCACGAAGGAGGCGCGGGAGGUGCUGGGCAAGGCGUUCGGGGAGGACGGGAAGAAGAAGCGGGCGGCGUUGGCCCCGCUGACGAAGGCGAUGCAAGGCGAGUGGGAGGAAAACGGGACCGCGAAGAAGGACCUCCUCGCGUUCCUUUCGACGCUCUGA